CAGGGCUCCGCACCGCCUCUUGCCGCCGCCCCGCUCCGCUCCCGGCUGACGGGAGCAGCCCCUUGUUUACUGGCCAGGGAGGCAGCCGCCAGCCCGGCCUGCGCUGGAAGGGGCCGCCGGGGCCGGGGCCGACACCGCAGGGCAGGGAGGAGCCGGGCGCUAUAAAGGGGCCGUGGUGCCUGUCCGGGGGCUCUCGCCGAUGAUGCGAAGCCGAGGCCGGCCCCCGCGCCCGCCCCGCGGCCUCUGAUUCGCCCCCGCCGGGACGCGCUGAGUCGCGGCGGCUGCAGCGGACGCGGGCAUGGCCCCGAAAGCGGUGGCGGCGCUGGCCGUGGCCGUGGUGCUGGCGGCCUGGUGUGCUCGGAGCCGCGGCGAGAUCUGCAGGAGCAUGGACAUCCGCAACAACCUGACCCGGCUGCACAUGCUGGAGAACUGCACGGUGAUCGAGGGCCACCUGCAGAUCCUGCUGAUGUUCAAAACCAAGCCCGAGGACUUCCGUGAGCUCAGCUUUCCCAAGCUGACCAUGAUCACAGACUACCUGCUGCUGUUCCGUGUCUAUGGCCUGGAGAGCCUGAAGGGGCUCUUCCCCAACCUGACCGUGAUCCGAGGCACUCGCCUGUUCUUCAACUACGCCUUGGUCAUCUUUGAGAUGGUUCACCUGAAGGAGAUUGGCCUCUACAACCUGAUGAACAUCACCCGCGGCGCCGUGCGCAUCGAGAAGAACAACGAGCUGUGCUACCUGUCCACCAUCGACUGGUCAAGGAUUCUGGAUUCCGUAGAGGACAAUUACAUUGUGGGCAACAAGGAUGACAAGGAGGAGUGUGGAGAUGUGUGUCCAGGCACUGUGAAGGGGAAGAGCAACUGUCCCCCUACGGUGAUAAACGGCAUCUUCAUCGAGCGCUGCUGGACACACGACCGCUGCCAGCGAGUUUGUCCUCCUGCCUGCAAGUCCCAGGGCUGCACCUCGGACGGGCAGUGCUGCCACAGCGAGUGCCUGGGGGACUGCACGGAGCCCAACAACCCCUCCAAGUGCGUGGCCUGCCGCAACUUCUACCUGGAGGGGCGCUGCGUGGAGAGCUGCCCCCAGGGCUUCUACCGCUUCGAGGGCUGGCGCUGCGUCACCUUCGGCUUCUGCCAGGAGCUGCACAACAAGUGCCGGAGUGCCCGCGAGUCGGGCUGCCAUGUCAUCCACAACCACGAGUGUGUCCACGAGUGCCCCUCGGGCUACAUCAUGAACUCCAGCAACCUGCACUGCACGCCCUGCGCGGGGCCAUGCCCCAAGGUCUGUGACUUCAGCAAGGAGAAGACGAUCGAUUCGGUGACGUCGGCUCAGGAGCUCCGCGGCUGCACCAUCGUCAACGGGAGCUUGGUCAUCAACAUCCGUGGAGGAAAUAACAUAGCAGCUGAGCUGGAGGCAAAUCUUGGCUUGAUAGAAGAGAUCUCAGGUUACCUCAAAAUUCGCAGGUCUUACGCCUUGGUCUCUCUCUCUUUCUUCCGUAAGCUCCAUCUGAUAAGAGGAGAAACGCUGGAGGCUGGGAAUUACUCAUUCUAUGCCUUGGACAACCAGAACCUUCGCCAGCUCUGGGACUGGAGUAAACACAACCUCACGAUUGCACGAGGCAAACUCUUCUUCCACUACAACCCCAAGCUGUGCCUGUCUGAAAUCCACAAGAUGGAGGAGAUCUCCGGGACCAAGGGGCGCCAGGAGCGGAAUGACAUCGCCCUGAAGACCAACGGGGAUCAAGCCUCAUGUGAGAAUGAGCUGCUGAAGUUUUCUUCCAUUAGAACUUCUCACGACAAGAUCUUGCUGAAGUGGGAGCCCUACUGGCCCCCCGACUUCCGCGACCUCCUGGGCUUUAUGCUCUUCUAUAAGGAAGCCCCAUACCAAAACGUGACGGAGUUCGACGGCCAGGAUGCUUGCGGGUCGAACAGCUGGACAGUUGUGGACGUGGACCCCCCGCCCCGCUCCAACGAGCCCAAGGCGCAGGCGCAGCCAGGCUGGCUGCUGAGGGGGCUGAAGCCCUGGACGCAGUACGCGGUGUUCGUCAAGACCUUGGUGACCUUCUCGGACGAGCGGCGAACCUACGGCGCCAAGAGCGAGAUCAUCUACGUGCAGACCAACGCCACGGUUCCAUCAGUCCCAUUGGAUCCCAUAUCUGUUUCCAACUCCUCAUCCCAAAUCAUUCUGAAGUGGAAGCCUCCCUCGGAGCCCAAUGGCAACAUCACACACUACCUGGUGUUCUGGCAGCAGCAGGCAGAGGACAGUGAGCUCUACGAGCUGGAUUACUGCUUGAAAGGAUUAAAGCUGCCCUCAAGAACGUGGUCUCCUCCUUUUGAAUCUGAAGACCCUCAGAAGUAUAAUCAAAGUGAAAAUGAGGAAGUCAGUGGAGAAUGUUGCUCCUGCCCCAAAACAGACUCUCAGAUACAGAAGGAGCUGGAGGAGUCUGCGUUCCGCAAGACAUUCGAGAACUACCUGCACAAUGAAGUGUUUGUGCCCAGGCCCUCAAGAAGGCGCAGAGACCUUGGCUCGAUGGCGAAUGCCACUGUGGUGCUCCCCACCAUCGCCUCCUCCCCAAACAGUUCUGCAGCAGCCACUGAGAGCACAGAGGAGCAGAAGCCCUUUGAGAAGGUGAAGUCAAAGGAGUCUUUGGUUAUCUCAGGCCUGCGGCACUUCACUGGCUACCGCAUCGAGCUGCACGCCUGCAACCACGACGCGCAGGAGUCCCGCUGCAGCGUCGCCGCCUACGUCAGCGCCAGGACCAUGCCUGAAGCUAAGGCUGAUGACAUCGUUGGCCCAGUUACCCACGAGGUGGUGGAGAAGAACACUGUGCACCUCAGGUGGCAGGAGCCAAGGGAGCCCAAUGGCCUCAUCGUGCUGUAUGAGGUGAACUACGGACGCCUGGGGGAGACCGAGGAGGCUCACCUCUGCGUGUCCCGCAAGCACUUCGCCAGCGAGCAGGGCUGCAGGCUGCGGGCACUGCCCCCGGGCAACUACAGCGUCCGUGUGCGAGCCACCUCCCUGGCUGGCAACGGCUCCUGGACAGAGCCCACCUACUUCCACGUGGAUGAUUACUACAUUCCUCAGCCCAACAUCGCUGUCAUCAUCGUUCCCAUUAUUUUUGCCAUCAUCAUUGCUGGGAUUAUUGGAGCUGCCUACGUGCUGGUGAAGAAGAGACAAACUGAGGGACCAACUGGACCACUCUAUGCCUCCUCCAACCCCGAGUAUCUCAGCGCCAGCGAUGUCUACGUCCCCGACGAGUGGGAGGUUCCACGGGACAAGAUCACGCUGCUGCGGGAGCUGGGGCAGGGCUCCUUCGGCAUGGUCUACGAGGGCAUCGCCAAGGACAUCGUGAAGGGCGAGCCGGAGACGCGCGUGGCCGUGAAGACGGUGAACGAGUCUGCCAGCCUGCGCGAGCGCAUCGAGUUCCUCAACGAGGCCUCCGUCAUGAAGGGCUUCAGCUGCCACCACGUGGUUCGCCUCCUCGGGGUGGUGUCCAAGGGGCAGCCCACCCUGGUGGUGAUGGAGCUGAUGGCACACGGAGACCUGAAGAGCUACCUGCGCUCGCUGCGGCCCGAUGCGGAGAACAACCCUGGGCGGCCGCCCCCCACGCUGAGGGAGAUGAUCCAGAUGGCUGCCGAGAUCGCCGACGGCAUGGCCUACCUCAACGCCAAGAAGUUCGUCCACAGGGACCUCGCCGCUCGCAACUGCAUGGUGGCAGAAGACUUCACCGUCAAAAUUGGAGACUUUGGCAUGACCAGGGACAUCUACGAGACCGACUACUACCGGAAGGGAGGCAAGGGGCUGCUGCCCGUGCGCUGGAUGGCUCCGGAGUCGCUCAAGGACGGCGUCUUCACCGCCUACUCCGACGUCUGGUCGUUUGGUGUUGUCCUCUGGGAGAUCAGCAGUUUGGCAGAGCAGCCAUACCAGGGACUCUCCAAUGAGCAGGUGCUGAAGUUUGUCAUGGAUGGAGGAUACCUGGAUCAGCCAGACAACUGCCCAGAGAGGCUGCACAGCCUGAUGCAGAUGUGCUGGCAGUACAACCCCAAGAUGCGCCCUACCUUCAUCGAGGUCAUCGAGAUGCUGAAGGAGGAUUUGCACCCCAGCUUCCACGAGGUCUCCUUCUUCUACAGCGAGGAGAACAAACCUCUGGAGACAGAGGAGUACGAGAUGGACUUUGAGAACAUGGAGAGCAUUCCCCUCGACCCCUCCUCGUACUCACAGAGGGACAAAGUCCUGGGGAGGGACAAUGGCCCCUCCAUGGCCCUCAAGGGGAACUAUGAGGAGCACAUCCCCUACACUCACAUGAACGGUGGCAAGAAGAAUGGGCGGAUCCUCGCCAUGCCCAGGUCCAGCCCUUCCUAACGCUUCCUGUGUGGCCCCAGGGUGGUGUCUUUGUCCUUCCCCUUCACAGAUCUCAGGACUCUGAUGUUGCUGCCACAGUGUGAGACACACCUACAGACUGCAGAGUUUUGAUCAUCUGAUGAUGAGUACUUGUCGUGUUUUGCCAAGCUGACUGCUUGUCAGUGGACCUAUCUGUGAACAUAAAUGGAAGAGGUUUCCAUGGCUACUGUCCCGCCUGUAACCAAGGCUUCAAAACAGGAAGCGACUGAGGGAGUUGGAGCAGAGGAGGAGCCAGCAGUGAGCUGUGCAGCUGCCUAAGCUGUGCUGCUGCCUCAGCGACGCUGCUGCCUCAGCUACAGCCCGGAGCAGACCCCCUGAGGGACAGGAGCGUUCCCAGUGGAAUUUUGAAGCAGUUUCAGGCACUCUUCACUACAGCUGAAGGCUUUGACCUUCAGACUGACCAACAGCUGCUGCUCUCCUGCUUCUCCAAGGGUGGGAGCCUGGGCUGCGUGCAGUACCCAGGGGUGUGUGCAGCACCCUCUGCACCUUGCCUGUGUCCAGAGGUUUCUAUGUUCUCACAGAAGCUUUCCUCUUCUCAGAAAUGUGUACUCAGCUUCUUUUCUCUGUUUCCCUGGAGCAACUAAAUCCUGGGCAGGUUAUUUUCAUACCAAGGACUCUUGGGAGCAGGAUUUCUCUCAUUAAGAAAUGAGGAAAAUGUGCUAGGAGCCAAAGGAGCAGAAAUCUGAGGUCUGUGGGUACCUUCAAGACCAAACAAAGUAGGAGUCCCCUGAGCUGAGACAGGGAGUCCUCUGUCCUAGCAGCUCUGGGUGUAUCUAUUGUCUGUUGUAACAUAUUCUGAAGUGGUAGCUGAAAUUUCACCUUCAUAUAAAUUAUUGACUCUAUGAUCCUUUGGGGAGGGGAGAAUCUGGGGGAUUGUUUGGUCUUAAAGUGGUCCAAAGAUUUCAGAAUGAACGAGUUGUAGCUGCUUACCCUUCUAAGAGUUCUGAAGCAGGUGCUGAGUUUACACUUGACAAGGCUCUGUAAUACAGUUUGGUGAUUUAUACAGCACAGUCAGCUGGCUCCAGCUGAAGCCCUGAGAUCAGUAGCUGGGACUUCGCUUGGCUGAAGGACGCCAGAACAUCCUGGUCCCGGGUCCUGCCUCUCCUUUGCCCCCCAUGGGCCCUCCCUUUGCGCCCUCCGUGCCACAGAAGCAGCCAUUGAGAGGGGAUGAGCAAGGACUGGAACUGAAGGAGACACAAAAGCCCCUGGCCAGGAGGAGCACAAGGGCCAGGCUCUGCAGCCACCACAGAAGCUGGAGGUGCUGUGCUCAGCUGCCUGCUGCUGGCCGCAGGCCUGCGACAUGUCCCUGCGGCGCCGCCGAGGGCCCAGGGCCCCCUGCUGCUUUCUGCUCCUCGGGGGUCUGCUGGACUCGGCUUCGGCUGCUGGAGCUGCUGGGCCUCAGCCGGCAGAGGACAUGUGCCGGGGAGGUGCUGGCAGGGAGAUGCACUGAAGCAAGGAGCGCUGCAGGCCCUUGGUGCACAAGGGGAGAGAGGUGCUCCGUGCUCCACCGCCCGGAGAAGCCCAAGGCCCAGUUUUUGCUGUCUGCCAGGAGAAAGCAAGGCUCUCCCGGCUGGCUGCCAGCAGGGAUGCCCAGCUGGUGGGUGGCUGCCGAUUGCAGCCCAGGUGGUGCUGCUGCACCCUGCCUGUAGCCGCCCGAAAAGGGCUGGGGUCCGUCUGCAAGGAGGCUCCACGCUGGAGCCGUGCCAGGGGGAAUGCCAGGCUCUGUGCCCACCUCAAGCUGCCGAUGCCAGCUGGGACAAAGGUGAAGGGAGCAGGUUGCCUACCAGGUGAGCUGGCAAACCUGCAGCCCAGGCGCGGGGGAGGAGCUGGCUUGCAGAAGGCCUCAGUUUACAUUUCUUCUGCUUUACAACCAGGAGCUGCUCAGCAGCUCUGCUGCGCUGCGGGGGAGGAGGCAGAACUCUGACACUUUUCUAAGGCAGAGAAGCUUUUCUUAUUGGAGGUUUUUUAAUUUAUUUUAAUAUAUAAAACACUGUAAAAAGAAAAAAAAAAACCAAACCAUUUGUUUUGGUAAACACAGAACUUGUCCGUUUGUAUCCCUAGCCCUUGGCAGGUGGAUGUGGUGGGGUUGGUUUUGUCCUGUUCUGGUGCUGUCUACCUCAGUGUUUCUUACUCCUGUUUCAUUACUGCGCACCCUUGAACCUGUUGCAAUGUUCUGGUCUGGACCUGCUGUGAAUCAGGAGAAACCAAUAUCAGCUGAUUGCAAUACUGGGGACCAUUCGCUGGAGGGAAUGACCGAGAGGACUUGGCACUGGUCCAGCACUGGUUGGAGCAGAAGUAGCCAGAGGAACCAGUGGGCAGAUCUGGAUCCAGAAUUCUGACACCACCCUCUUAGUCCUGGAAGAAAAGAUCCAAUGAAGCACUGGGGCUGUGGGGAAGCCCUGAGCUCAGAGGAGCAGGCUGCAUCCCACUGGUGCAGCCUUUGCCGGCGUGGAGCAGUCCCUGCUGUCGGCGCUGGGUUUGGGCUGUCUCGGUCACUGUGCUCAUUCCACCUCCUGGAAUGAUCCUUUCCCAGCACACCUGUGUCUGAUAGCAUUGAAGGUGCAGCCAUCAGAGCACUGGGACUGGCAGAUCUUUGAUGUAGUCAAACUUAGGGACCUCGUAUUGGGUCUGGCUUCUGAAUGCAGCUGAUAUUGGUUGGCCCUCUGAGUACCUCCAGUGUGCAGCACUCGGGGCCCUGGGCAAGGGAGGCCGUGCUCAGCACUGGGGUCAAGUAGUCCACUCACAGCUCAUCAUCACCCUCACUCUGCACCACACAGAGCAGCUUUUUAUACUGAACCCUGAGCAUGAAGAAGAUUCCACUCAUCCUUCUGAGGCUGUGCCAAGGCUGAGGAAGGGCAGUGUGGGCCAUGGUGUCCCCCUUUCAAAACCAGAACACCAGUGCUACCACUGCUGAAGGUUACGUUCAGCUGCAGAGUCAGGAAGAAGUGAAGAUCACCCCCAGAGUUCUCACUUCUGGGAAGUCCUCCACUCUUAGCCUGCAGCUGAUGCUUUGGGCUCUGCUGUUGGCAGCUCCUUGCCCUGAGGAUGCCCAGGUCCCACACCUAGACCUCACUGAUUGAUACCUGCUCAGAGAUGCCAGCAAGUUGAGAUUGGAUGUGUUGGGUGAGACCUUCUCUGUGCUGAAGGACUCCUGCCCAGCAAGUUGUCCUGUGGCCUGCCUUAGGGGAGCUGUUUCUGGUUGCUCCAGCAAGAUCCCUGUCGGGGUAAGGCUGUGGCAGCUGCUGCUGAGGAAGAGCCAGGCAGGGGUGAAAGGGCUGGAGAAGGACAGCCAGGACCCAUGGGUGGGACACUGGCUCUGUCCUUCAGGCAGUAGCUGGUGGAGGGUUGGAUCCUCGUCUUUGUGGGCAGAGAACAUGGUGCUCACAGCACAGGCCAGCAGGGCAGACUCCAGCCUGUUCCAGAGCAGCUGGGAUGUUGGUGUUGGUGCAGAAGGAGUUGCUCUUAGGCUGCUAAAGGGUACUCUUAGUUUAUGAGCAGUGGAUCUAUCUCCUCCUGAGCCUGCACUGCAGCCAUGGGAUGCUUAGCUGGGUCUCCAUCUCCAAAUGCUGCAGAGCCUUGAGCUUUCUUUGAGAAACUCUCCAGGCCCCUACCUGUGUCGCUGACUCAGUGACAAGGGCAGGUGGGAAAAGACAGGAGCAGGGCAGGUGCUGCACUGGAUGUUUGGAGCCUCUUCUCGCGAGUUCCCUCCUGACAUCACUGGGAGACGACAGACGCUGAGCUACCUGAGGCCCCUCACUGUCGGCAGUGAUCCUGAUACCAAGACCAGAGAGACAUCAGAAAGUCAAAUCCUUUGUGCCAUAAAAUCCCUCUCCAGGAUGUGCUGGGUGCUCCUGUGAUCCGUGGGAGAGCAGUUCAGAGACUGGAGUGAGCAAGGAGCUGCAGAGAACCCCUCCAGUCCUCCCAGGAAGCUGCCUGCCCCGACGGCGACUCACAGGAGCCUGUUCCCUGAGCAUCUGAUGCCCCUCAGAGUUUCCUGUGCCCAUGGUCCAGGAGGGGAGCUGUAGAAUGGAGUCAGGAAAGAGUUACUUCAAAAAUACAGGAAAUUCAAACCAGGUUGAGUUUGGUGUUUGUAUGAACUUAAUUGAAUUUGGCCUUUUUGUGCCCUUCUGCUUGGCUCUGUGUUAGCUCUGCUUGGGUUCUGUACGUGGGUGAUGUGUGCAGCCCUCUGCCUGCUUGCUGUCUGAGAGCAUCAUGAGAGUGAAGCCAAUUGUGCAGCUGACUUCUGGAGGAGCCUGACUGCAGAAGCACUUCUAAGGCUACCUGUCCUAGCAGCUCUGCUGUCACUAGUGUGCAUUUCUUUUCCAGGUGAGCUUGCUUGUCCUUCUCGAUGGCUGGUGCAGUGUCAGCAAACUCCCUCCAGCACAAUGCAAGCUGCAGGGGAAGGGAGAAAAAUGACUUUUUAAAUGUUGUACAAUAAAGUUACCUUUAGCUCCUGCUGCUGCCUUACUUCUUUGCCAACAGGUUUGUAGCCUGUAGGAAAGGACACCUCUGCUAGUGGAUUUGUUCUGCUUGGUGUUCCAAUGCAUGGGACUAACCAAGUCCCUUUUCUCAGUCCCAAAAGUCCUUGCAGGAGCAGGGUCUGGUCAGCUGGGAGGACCUGGGAUGGUUCUGGCAGCUAAGGAGGAACCACCAGUGGAGGUUUGGUCACUUAGCUAAAUCCCAGCCCCUGUAAAGUCACAGUGCCACCAGUACUGCUUGAGCUCAGGACCUGAGAGAUCAGAGCUGGAGUCGGUGCCAAAGCUCUUUGGCUAAAGCAGAGUCUCCCAGCAGAGCUUCUAAAUGCUUCUCCCAUAACCCAGUCCUGUGAAAACUGACUGAUGGAGAACUUCAGCCAGGCCACUCCUCAGUCUGAACAGACAGAGUGGGAUUGAAGAAGGAAGUGAAGGAACUGUUUUAGCAAUGAUUUUAUUGGUGAAGCAUCCAAGCAGUGGUUUGUGUUUGUGGCUGGGCCUUCUGGACACUGCUGUGACCAACCUCAGCCAAAAGCAGGAGCCCUGCUUCUGCUUGAACUGCAAACUGAAGUGCAGUGAUGUUCUGUGAAGUCUCUCCUCUUGCUGCUCCCACCUUGCUCUGCAUCUCUCAGGUUCCAGAAGAGCAACAGUUCUGCAGCUCUGACAAACUGAAAUACAGAUCAGAUGUGCCAUGAUUACUUUUUAAGAAGAAAAAAAAGAAGUGGAACUCCUUCCCCUUAUUUUUUUUUCACCUCCUCCUUAUUUUUCACCUCCUUCCCUGUGAUCUGUUUCCAUGGUUCCCUAUCUAAGAACCAAGCAGUGACAUGUACAGAAAAUACCCUUGACUAUUAGAAAGCCACCCCCUUGCUGUGUGUCAGAGUAUUGAACAAUUAACUGUUUCUGUUAAAAUUAUGAAUAAAUGAUGCAGGACUA